AUGCCUCCUCCGCCGCACCAAAAGCCCGAGAAUGUCCUGAAGCGCGCCAACGAGCUCAUUGGCGUUGGCCAGGCCCCCGCGGCCCUGACCUUGCUGCACGAGCACAUCACCAGCAAGCGCUCCCGAAAUGUUCCCAUCGUCUCGCUGGAGCCUGUGAUGCUCCUCCUCGUCGAGCUCUCCGUCGAGCAGAAGAAGGGCAAGCUUGCCAAGGAUGCUCUCUACCAGUACAAGAACAUCUCUCAAAACACAAAUAUUGCUACCAUCGAGCUGGUCUUGAAAAAGUUCAUCGAGCUCGCCGUCCAAAAGGUCACCGCCGCCCAGCAAAAGGCCGAUGAGGUCCAGGAGAGCAUUGAGGCUACCGCCGCCACCUCCAGUGUCGACGAUCUCGAGGCCAGUGAGACUCCCGAGUCUAUCCUCCUUGCCACCGUCUCUGGUGAACAGUCCCGAGACCGCACAGACCGGGCGAUCGUCACUCCUUGGCUCAAGUUCCUCUGGGAGGCCUACCGAACUGUCCUCGACAUUCUCCGAAACAACGCCCGCCUGGAGAUCCUCUACCAGAGCACCGCUACCCAGGCCUUCGACUUCUGCCUCAAGUACACUCGCAAGACCGAGUUCCGACGUCUCUGCGAGCUGCUCCGCAACCAUGUCCAGACCGCGGCCAAGUACUCGUCGCAGAUGCACGCCAUCAACCUGAGCGAUCCAGACACUCUUCAGCGACACCUUGAGACGCGUUUCCAGCAGCUUAACGUUGCCGUCGAGCUCGAGCUCUGGCAGGAGGCUUUCCGAAGUGUUGAGGACAUCCACACCCUGCUCAACCUCAGCAAGCGACCCCCCAAGAACGUCAUGAUGGCCAACUACUACGAGAAGCUCACCCGAAUCUUCCUCGUCGGCGAGAACUAUCUCUUCCACGCUGCUGCUUGGUCUCGAUACUACACUCUCCUCCGUCAGUCCUCCGUCCUGGUUGCCAGCGGCCAGGGCAAGAAGUCCGACAACCCCCCUGCGUCUGAGGCCGAUCUCCAGAAGGCUGCCUCUUUCGUCCUUCUCUCCGCCCUCGCCAUCCCUGUCAUCAGCACCUCGCGAUCCCGCGGUGCCAUGGUUGACUUUGACGAGGCCCGAAAGAACAAGAACUCCCGCCUGACUCACCUCCUUGGCAUGUCCCAGGCUCCCACUCGUGCCAGACUGUUCCGGGAUGCCCUUUCCAAGUCCCUCCUUCAGCGUGCUCGCCCCGAGAUCCGAGAUCUGUACAACAUCCUUGAGGUUGACUUCCACCCCUUGUCCAUCUGCCAAAAGAUCUCUCCUAUCCUGACCAAGAUUGGUGCCGAUGCCGAGAUGGAGAAGUACAUCCUCCCUCUGCAGCAGGUCAUCCUUACCCGUCUCUUCCAGCAGCUCUCCCAGGUCUACGAAACUGUUGACCUCUCUUUUGUUGAGAGCCUGGCCCAGUUCCCCGAGCCCUACCAGGUCACUCGCGGCACCAUUGAGAAGUUCAUCAUGAACGGUAACAAGAAGGGCGAUCUUUCUAUUCGCAUGGACCAUGCCACAGGCGUCCUUAGCUUCGACAACGACGUCUUCUCGUCCUCCAAGGCUGGCCACAGCGGAUCCGGUGCUGGAUCUGCCGAGUCCGAGACUGGCACUGUUCAGCGUCUCCAGAGCACUCCCUCCGAGAUUGUUCGUUCCCAGCUCACUCGUCUUGCCAAGUCUCUCUUUACUACCUGCCACUACAUUGAUCCCAGCUUCAACAAGGAGCGCCUUGAGGCCCGCGCCGCGGCUCUUGCCCGUGCCAAGGCUGGUGCUGAGCAGGAGCAUCUGGAGAUCCUCGCCAGAAAGGAAGUCAUUCAGAAGCGCAAGGAGGAGGCAUCCGAGAUCCAGGCUCGCAAGGAGAAAGAGAAUGCUCGCCAGAAGCGACUCCGCGAGCAGGCUCUGCAGGAGGCCGAGGAUAAGCGACUUGCUGCCGAGCAGAAGGAGCGUGAAGCCAAGCGCCUCAAGGCCGAGCGUGACCGUGUUCGCAAGGAGGAGCUCAAGAAGCAGAUCGCUGACCUCAAGAUGGGCGAUAAGGCUAUUGACAUCGACCUUGAGGAUCUUGACAACCUUGACAGCAACCGUCUCCGUGCCAUGAAGCUGGCCCAGCUGGAACGGGAGAAGAACGAUGUCAACGAGCGUCUUCGCAUCACUGGCAAGCGACUCGACCAUCUUGAACGUGCCUUCCGUAAGGAGGAGGCCAAGAAGUUGCACGAGGACCAUGCCAGGCAGAUCGAGGAGGACCGCGCCAUCUAUGAGAAGGUCAAGGCCCAGACCCUCAAGGACGCAGAGCAGAAGCACAAGGAGAGUGUCGAACUCAAGCACCGGCUUAGCCGCCUGGUGCCCCAGUACGAGGCUUUCCGCGACUCGCUCCAUGAGCGUCGUCGUGAUGAGUUUGAGAAGCGCCGCCGUGAUGCUGAGCGAGAACUCGAGAAGCAGAUUUCCAUCCGUAAGAAGGAGGUUCGCGACCGACGUCUCCGCGAGAAGCGCGAGCGCGAGGAGAAGGAGCGCGAGCUCCGCGAGGCCGAAGAGAAGGCGGCCCGCGAGAAGGAGGAGCAGCGCCGCCGGGAGGAGGCACGCAAGGAGGAGCUCGCCAAGCUCAAGGAGCAGCGAGAAAAGGAGCGUCAAGAGAUGCUGGAGAAGGCUGCCCUUCAACAGCGACGCGAGGAAGAGGCUCUGGCCCGUCGCAAGGCCGAGAAGGAACGGGGACCACCUACCUUCUCUCGGGGUCCGGAGCGUGCGGAGCGUGCGGAGCGUGCAGAGCCGAGCGAGGGCCGAAGGCCACCCGUCUUCGGUGCCGGCAAGUGGCGGGAGCGCGAGGCCAACAAGGGUGGCGACGCCCCUCCCCCAGCCCGUGGACCUCCCAUGGAGAGGGCCGAGUCCAACGACCGCCCCUCUGCUGGUGGUCCCCCCCGACUGCAGCUUGCUGGCUCUGGCAACAGGCCCAGCUGGCGUGACCGUGAGGCGGCCAAGGGCGGUAGCGGUGGGGCUGAUGCCGGUCCUUCCGCUCCUCCCCCUCGCUUCGCUCCUCGGGGCGGUGCGCCGAUGGACCGUGGAGACUCGGGACGUGGUGAGGGACGUGGUGAGGGACGUGGUGAGGAGGACCGAAAGCAGUCCCCUGCUCCUCCUGCCGAGCCUCUGCCAGCAACGCGGGCACCUGGCAAGUGGGUUCCUCCUCAUCUGAGGAACAAGGCUUAA